CCCCAAAUAUUUUAUCAAAUCAAAUCAAAUGUUAACCUAGUUUCAUUCAUACACAACCCUCAUUCCCAUUCAAACACCAACAAUAAUCAGUUACUUCAUCCAUCUGUGCAUGCCAAAUCACCAAACCCUCAUUCGCUCCAUACACACACACAAAUGUUGACAGAUUCAGAGCUGCUACAACACCUCCACGAUGUCCUACGAACCUCCGACCUCGACACCGCCACCGGCGCCACCGUCCGCCGUAGACUCGAGGACGAAUUAGGUGUCGAUUUGUCCGAUAGGAAACCCUAUAUUAGGCAACAAAUUGAUCUGUAUCUUCAAUCUAGGUAUACGGAUGGUAAUACGGACGGAGGCGGUGAAGAAUCGGAGAAUGUUAAGGUGGAGGAGAGUGAUAAUGGCGGAAGUUGUGAUGAGGAAGGUGAAGAUGAGCCUGAUGAGGAGGAUAGUGAUGUUGAUGACAAGAAGGUGAACAGUAAACGCAACAAAGACAAAACGACUACGAAUGCAAAGAAAAGGGGAGGAGGAGGUUUUAGUAAACCAUGUGCACUUUCUCCCCAACUUCAAAAGCUUAUCGGAGAGCCUGAAAUGGCCCGAACUGAGGUCGUGAAGAAGAUAUGGGUUUAUAUCAAAGAGAAAGAUUUGCAAAACCCAAAGAACAAACGGAAAAUUCUUUGUGAUGAAACGCUACAUGAAAUUUUUCGUGUCAAGUCCAUUGAUAUGUUUCAAAUGAAUAAAGCUCUUAGCAAGCAUAUAUGGCCAAUAGAAGAGGAAGAAGCUACAGUCAAACCUCCCGAAAAGAACAAACAGAAUAAACGAGCCAAAGAAGAUGAAGAACCCGAAGAAAAGGAAAAAAGAAAAAAAACAAAGGGUUCAGGAUUUGUUUCUCCGCUUCCGAUAUCAGAUGAGCUGGCACAGUUUUUUGGUACAGGUGAAACUGAACUCUCUCGUGCAGAAGUCGUGAAGAGAAUGUGGGAAUAUAUCAAGCAGAAUGACCUUCAGGAUCCAUCUGACAAAAGAAGGAUUCUAUGUGACGAUAAGCUAAAAGAACUGUUUAAAGUCGACACUUUUGUUGGCUUCACGGUUUCAAAGCUUUUGACAGCUCAUUUCAUCAAAGACAAAGAAUAGCCAUACAGUUUCUUGAUAAGGUGAGUUGUUUUUUUUUUCUCAUUAUGUUGCAAGAAGUGUAUAUAUUUCUUGAGAAUGCCAACCAGUUGAUCUUUGGUGUAUUCGACUUUUUGUUUAACAUCACUGACAAAAGUUACCACUUUCACUCGCUA